AUGGAGACUGAAGGGUCAGACGCGAGCAACCCCUACUCAGUAGAAGGCGACAGCCUGCUGCUGGACCUGGACCUGUAUGAUGCUGACAGCUACGACAUCCCAGACCCAGGGCUGCUCAAAGAAAAGAACGAGCUGCUUUCGGAGCCAGGCCCACGGCUUUUUACCGGCAGCUCGCGGUGGCAGAACAUGACCCCACGUGCCCGUGCCCACCAGCUGUGGCUGUUCCUACGUGCGGGCCUCCAUGACCUCGUGGAAAAGGAAAAGAGAGGUGAGCUGUGUGUGGCACGCUUGACCCAUGGGCUGGAGCCGCUGCGCCACCUCAAAGUGGCAGCUGGGCUGUGCUCGGUGGCCCAGGACCCAGUGGGCAGACGCUUUGUGGUGCUCGAUGGUGCAGGCCACCUGCACGUGCACAGAGAGGACGGAUGGGCUUACGAGAAGCUACAGGCCCCAGCCGCGCUCACAGGGCUGGUGGCAGUGCCGGGCCCGCUGGACGCUGUGAGCCGCUUUGUGGGUUGGGGCCCCAAGGGGCUGGCCAUCCUAAGGCCUGACCUCAGCCUGCUGUGGCUGAGCAAGCCAGGGGUGGGCAGGGUGCCGGGCCACGAGCCCCUCUGCUGUCUGCCAGUGCCCGGCGUGGGGCUGAUGCUAGUGGCAGAGGCGGGCGGCCGCCUGGUGCUCUGGAAGUUCCGUUCAGGGGGUCGCCGCCUGGUGCCGUGUGGGUCACCUCUGCAGCUGCCACCAAGCCCUGCAGGUACACUCACCCGUUUGGCUCUGGGGCCCCUGCAUUCCCACCAAGUCCCACGCUGCUUCGCGGCCUAUGGCUCUGCCGUGCUCACCUUUGAUCUGCACACCUGGGCUCUCGUAGACGUGCGCCGGGACCUGCACAAAAGCGCUAUCUUGGACUUGGCCUACUGCCUAGAGGCAGAGGCCAUGGUGACAGCCUCUCGCGACAGCACGGUGAAGGUGUGGGAGGCUGACUGGCGGAUCCGGAUGGUGUUCAUGGGCCACACAGGCCCAGUGACAGCUCUGGCCGUGCUCCCGAACACGUCCCUGGUGCUGUCGGCCUCGCAGGACGGGACGCUGCGCACCUGGGACCUGCAGGCGGCGGCACAGGUGGGCGAGGUGGCGCUGAACUGCUGGGGCCGAGACGUGGCGUCCGGGCGCGUGAACCGCCUGCUGGCGCCCGCUGGCCCCAGCUGGCCGGUGCUCUCCCUGAGCGCCAGCAGCGUGGAGCUGUGGCGCCUUCGCGAGCUCUACUCACCGCUGGCGCAGCUCUCUGCGCCAGUGCUUCACGUGCAGGUGGUGCCGGCGCUGCCCGCGCCCCCGCACCCCUUCCUGCCGGCGCGCCUCGUGUGCGCAUGCGCCGACGGCUCGGUCUACCUGGUGUCGGUCGCCACCGGGCGCACCGUGAGCGCGCUGCUGCUCGAGCCCGAUGACUGCGCGGCCUCAGUGCUUUAUUGCCUGCCGCGCGAAGCACUGUGGCUGCUGACACGCGCCGGCCACCUGGUGUGUGCCAGCGCGGCGCGCUGCCCCAUGCGCGUGCUGCACCGCGUGUGCCCGCCGCCCGCGCCCGCGCCCAGGCCCUGCUGCCUGCACCUCUACAGCCACCUCCCAGACCCCGGCAGCGCGGUGGCCGGCUGGGAGACCGUGUGCCGGCACGGGGGGGAGCCGUGCCCGAGCGACGCGGCCCGGGCCCGGAAGGACAAGAACCGGUACCUGCCCGUCGUGGGGCACACGGAUGGCACCCUGUCAGUCCUGGAGUGGCGCGAGUCGAAGACCGUCUUCCAAACCGAGGCACACAGCCCGGGCCCCGUCACUGCCAUAGCGUCUACCUGGAACAGCAUCGUGUCCUCCGGCGGAGACUUGACAGUGAAGAUGUGGCGCGUCUACCCCUAUGCGGAGGAGAGCCUGAGCCUGCUGCGCACCUUCUCCUGCGGCCGCCCUGCGGUGGGGCUCUGUGCGCUCGGCAAGCGGAUCACUGCGGGCUUUGAGGAUCCGGACAGCGCCACCUACGGCUUGGUGCAGUUCGGCCCGGGCGACAGCCCCCGCUGUGAGCACCGGCCCCAGGAUGACCCCACGGACCACAUCACUGGCCUGUGCUGCUGUCCCACGCUCGAGCUGUAUGCCUGCUCCAGCCUGGACUGCACCGUCCGCAUCUGGACCGCAGAGAACCGCCUGCUGCGGCUCCUGCAGCUGAAUGGUGCCCCUCAGGGCCUGACCUUCAGCAGCAACAGUGGGGACCUGGUGUUGGCUCUGGGCUCCCGACUCUGCCUGGUAUCUCAUAGGCUCUACCUGCCCACAUCCUACCUGGUUAAGAAGCUGUGCCAGAAGGUCCCUGAUGUGGUGCAUGACCCUCCACUACCACUGACCAGCCAGGAGUCUCUGACCUCAGCCCAGCUGCAGAGGCUCGCCAACCUCCAUGGGGUGGCCAGUCUUAGCACAGACUCGUCUUUCAUCCAUCGCCAGACGGCAACACCUCAGCAGCCAGUGUUGGAGGAGGACUUGGAAGCCCUAGUUGCGCGGGAUCAAGACCUUCAGCAGCUGAGUCUGGGGCUGGUGGUCCCGGCAGCCCAGCCCCCACCCUCCUGGCACGAGCGGCAGGAGGCGUUUGACAACUACUUGCACCUGAUCUAUGGCCCUGGCUUGCUGGACGUGCCUUCUGGAAGAGAGUUCCAGCGGUGGAGUACCGUGACCCUCACCAUGGAGAGAGAGACCUGGGAUGUGUGUACCUUACACAGAGCUGCCAACUGUCUUUGGAAGGCCGGAGUCUGCACUGAAGUCCCGACAGUGCCCGCAGCCCUCCCCCGACAGGACCCGGGAGCCGUGGGCCAGCGCUUUGCCCACCCUCCCCAAGUCCCCUUGCCUAUCCUACCCAUACACCGGGGGGUGCACAGCAAGGCAUCCCAGCUGCUGGCCCGUUCCUCCCUGAGCAGUAACCUGGGCCUCAGUCUGGACGUGCAGCUGCAUUUGGAGCAGCUCCAAGGGGAGAAGCCUGUGGUCCCAGGCCCACCGGCCCUCCACCUACAACACAGGGGGUGCUGGGUCCCCCUCUUGAUGAAGAGGCGGCCCAAGGAGCCUCUUUCCAACUUCCGAGGCUUCUUUCCUGCCACCAUUCGGCCCUACAAGGACUUGCAGCGGCCCGUCAGCUUCCCCGGCAGCGUGCCCAACUCGGUGGUGCUGCAGCAGAUGGGGCUUCACCGGGAGCCAGGAAGGCGCCAGGAUGACCUGUGGCUGCCGCGGCGCAUCAGGCGGCACGCGGCCAGGUGGCAGCAGAAGCUGACCCGGUGGUUGGGGGAGGAGGAGGAGGAGGAGGAGGAGGAGGAGGAGCACCGGUAUGUGGACUGGUCCUCAGAGACCCUGAGCCCACCUACACAGCUCUCCGAGUCCGAGGAGACGGAGGCUCAGAACUCCGAGUAUUUGACCCCGAAGCGCGCGCACUCUCGCACCGCCACCAGGACCGAGACCUGCUUUCGCCACCCCUGGCACCCCUAUGGGCACUCGCUCUGGGAAGAGCGCUACGGGCAUUUGCCCAGGUUCCUGCAUUUUUUCGUCGGCCAGAACUGGUUCAAAAAGCUGUUCCCCAUCUUCACCUUGGAGGCCUACCCCGAGGUGAGCACAGUGGAGGGCCUGGCUUCACUGUUCGUGGACCUGCUGUACGAGGCCUCUUGGGCAGACUGCGUGCACAUCCUGAAAGCGCUGCUGAGGCUGCUGCCCGACACGAGCAGAGACCUUCGUAAUCAGCUGCAGGGCGUCCUCGUGCGCCUGCUCAACCUGGACCAGCCCCCCAGCCUCGAGGACCAGACGCAGAAGCAGUUCGUGAUGCUGGCGCUGCAGCUCCUCCUGGCCUGCUCCCUGGAGUCCCGCGAGGUGGUGCUGGAGCUCAUGUCCUACUUCCUCUACUCGCCUGCCUCCCGCCGGCCCGAGCUCAGGAAGCUGCUGGACGGGCUAGGCCUUCAGGAUCCACAGGGCUUCCUGUUCAAGGAGAUGAUGACCUGGGUCCAGGGCCCGGACGCUGACUCCAAGGCUGCCCUGCGCAAAUGCUGCUGCCAGAAGCUGGAGGAAAUGAUCCAGAGGUUGCAGGAGACCCUGUCGCGGAUUUCAGUGCUCGCUGGGUCACCUCAUGUCUCAGGGACACCCUCAGUCCGUCCCUGGGUACCCUCACCCGGGGAGCUGAACUUGGCUGUCCUUGAGUCCGGAGCCAAGCUGAUGCCUUCACCAGCGCGCCUCCGGCGGACCAGACGCGCGCUGUCCGAGGCGCUGCCGCACUUCUGCCCCUCCGAGGUCCACCUGCGCUCCUCAGCACCGGCCACGCUGCGGGGGGACCCACUGCCGCUGGAGCAGACAGACUGGUCCCAGUCACAGAUGCUGGACCUGGGGCCGAUCGACGCGCUCAACUUCUUCUGCGAACAGCAGCGAGCACGGCAGCAAGGUCUCCCGCAGGAGGAGCUCGAGAGACUGCGCCUGAGCCCGUGCCCACCCGAGUCCAACACCGUACUGCCCCAGCCCCGGGAUCACUGGCACUAUCCCAUCCUCCGGCUUCAGGAGGCCAAGGUCCAGAGGUCUCCGAUGAGACUGAGGGGCUGGAUGCGGUCCCAGCUCUGGGUGGGCCGUACCCUCAGUGGCUCUGUCCGGAUGCUGAAGCUGCCGCUGCCGAGGGUAGAAGUUCAGCCUUUCCCCCCGGACUGGCCCAGGCCUGCCCGUCCGCUGCCCCCACGGCUCCUGCAACCCACCUUGCAGCGCUACUUUCUACCAGAUUAUACAGACCCUGACAGCUACAGCUGA